AUGAAGCAGCCGAACCCUCCUGUGGGGGGUCGGCUCUCGCCGAGGCAACCCUGGACUGGCCUCUACGCUGUUCCCGUCGAGGGACUCCCCAAGAAAGAAGGAGAAAGCGCAGUUUACCGCUGCGUCGAGUCCUCGCAAAAUGCCGUCCCGGUAAAGGCCCUGCCGGCCGUCCUCGAGGACUUCCCCGAUAUUCGGUCACCAUUCGACACCCUCUACUGCGCGGCCCAGGCGUUCCCAGACGACCCGCUCCUAGGCGAGCGUGAGAAGUUGCCGCUGCCAGAGUUUUCGGUGUCUCAGGUCGAAACCAAUGGCCCUGGCGCGUCCCUCUCCGCAAAAACACACGAGACGCGGCCUGUUACGGCCUCGUCGGCAAGCGGGAAUUCUCCCCCUGUGGGCGGCGAGAAGCCGGGGUCGUCGAAUCGGCCUCUUUCUGCCGACGGAGAAGAUGGAGCGAGACUGGGGACGGGAGGGACAACACCGGUGACUCCGAGCAAAGACUCCUCAACUGGGCUGCGGAGUACGCCGACUGCACAGAGCCUCGGAGAGAGCUUGCCGCGGAAAGCCGGGUGUCUCAGGUUCGGAGAGUACAAGUGGCUAACGUACAAAGAGACGUUGGACCAAGUGCAGGCGCUCGCGUGGGCGCUGAGUCAUGUAGUCGACGUCCCAGUCGCGUCUUUUGGAGACGAUUCGGAAGUUCAGGAGACCUACCGCUUCGUGGGCAUCUGGGCGAGGAGCAGCGCGGCGUGGCGCAUCACCGACUACGCCUGCAACGCGGCCAAGACCGUCAGCGUCCCGCUGUACGACACGCUCGGCCACGAGGCGCUGCUCUACAUCAUGGGGCUGACAAAGCUCCAAGUCCUGUGUGUGGAAGGCGCCAAGAUCCAGGACGCCUUGCGCCUGGUAACCGACGAGAAGGUUCCUCUGAAGGCAGUCAUCUGCUUCGAUCCGGUUGCUCCUGAGGAGGUGGAGGAAUUCGCUGGGAACUCAGUCAGGCUGUAUUCGCUCAGCGACCUCAUCGAAAAGGGCUUGGGGCAGAAACACGAGAGGCCUACCCUGAGUGUGGACGACAUCUGCACAGUUAUCUUCACCUCCGCUCUUGAGAAGACGCUCGGGAAGUGGAAGGAAAUGUGGCCAGCUAAGAGGCGGAGAGGCUGCGUUCCGGAAGAGACACCAAAACGAGCGGACUUGCUUCGCUGUGCUGCAGGCACGACAGGCGUCCCCAAGGGAGUCGUCCACACGAACGGCGGCUUCGUGGCGACAAUCGCUGGGUACGCCGCCUGCAACAACCGAAUGAACUUGGCGCGCGGCGACAUCACCCUCAGCUAUCUUCCGCAGUCUCACAUAUAUCAGAGAGGCGUCGAGAUCAUAUUGACCCAUCUCGGCGUGAGGAUCGGCUACUACUCUGGAGACAUCACCCGGCUCGUCGAGGACAUCCAGAGCCUGCGGCCGACGGUCUUCUUCGGCGUCCCCAGGGUCUACACUCGCAUGCUCGAUAAAAUCCUGUCUGGCGUGAAAGAGAAGAGCGGGGUCGUCCAGUGGCUGUUCCGAAAAGCGUUAGCUUGGAAGGAAAGCAACUACAAGAAGGACGGGUCCAGGUUCACGGCGACUGUACCAGAUCUGCUUUUCGGGAAGAUUCGCGCCAUCUUCGGUGGACGGCUGAAAACGCUGUGUAUGGGCAGUGCGCCCAUGAAGUCGGAGGCCAUCGUGAUGCUCCAGAUGCUUCUUGGGUCCCCAGUUUGCGAGGGGUGGGGCAUGACGGAAACAGGCAUCUGCUUCUUGCAGGAUCUGUCGGACAACGAGAAAGGCACGAUUGGGGGGCCCUUCCCGUCACUCGAGUUCAAAAUCGUCUCCCUGCCAGAGCUGGCCUACGACGCUGACGCGGCGAUUCCCAGAGGAGAGUUGCUGGUUCGAGGCCCAUCAGUCAUGAAGCGGUAUUUCCAGGCCCCGGAAACGACCCAAGCUGCUUUCGACAAGGACGGCUGGAUGCGCACCGGCGAUGUUGUCGAACUCCUCCCUUCGGGCGCUCCCCGCAUCAUCGACCGAGCGAAAAACAUUUUUAAGCUUGCACAGGGAGAAUACGUCGCCCCCGAGCGACUGGAGAAUAUCUUUUCUUCCUCGCCAUUUGUAGAACAGAUUUAUCUUCACGGCGACUCCGUGCAAAACUGCGUCGUUGCGAUCGUCGUGCCGUACAAGGAUGUCGCACUGAAGUGGGCGAAAGAGCGCAAUAUGGGGCAAGUGUUGUACUCGGAUUUACUGAAGAACAGUGACCUGCGCCAGAGCGUUCUGUACUCGAUGAAAGAAGCCGGCCGAGGACGCGUCCACGGCUUCGAGGAGCCGAAGAACGUGUUUUUGACCCCUCACGCCUUCACUGCAGAAAAUGGCAUGGCGACACCGACUAUGAAAGUUGUGCGCAAGCGCGUGGAGAAAGAGUACAGGAAGCAGAUUGAUCAGCUGUACGCAGAACUCAAAGCGAGGCACGCUGCGUGA